AUCAUGUCUCUUAAGAUCGUCGUAGUGGUGUGUGUGGCCACGGUGGUUCUGGCUGAUCGUCCUAGGUACACCUCUCCUACGGACUACUCCCCGGCCUCCUCCUACCCCUCCCACCACCAGCAGGAAGACUACCCUGACGCUCCCCCAAAGUACACCUACAACUACGGCGUUGCCGACGACUACUCCGGCGCCAACUUCGGUCACUCAGAAGCCCGCGACGGCUACAAGACCGAGGGCAGCUACACGGUGGACCUCCCCGACGGCCGAACACAGACCGUCACCUACGUGGACAACGGCGACGGUCUGGAGGCCGUGGUGACCUACGAGGGUGAGGCCCAGUACCCUGAAUACAACCCUGCCCCAGCCUACCAGCCUUCCCCAGCCUACAAACCCGCCCCAGCCUAUAAACCUGCUCCAGCCUACCAACCCGCCCCGGCCUACCAACCCGCCCCAGCCUAUAAGCCUGCUCCAGCCUACCAACCAGCCCCAGUCUACCAACCUGCCCCAGCAGCCUGCCCCAGCCCCAGCCUGACCAGCCCUGCCCCAGCCUACCAGCCUGCCCCAGCCUACCAGCCUGCUCCAGCCUACCAACCUGCCCCAGCCUACCAACCCGCUCCUAGAUAUCCUGCCCCUCACCCCCCGACCUACGCCUAACUCGAAGCUCUACCACUUCAUCUCAUUAAAACAACACGAGUAAAGAGACCCUCCCCGAUUUACUGUAUUCCCUCGAGAGCCCCUCCGACUAACCACGCCUCUGCUUCGUCUAACUCGCGCAACAAAAUUUCAAGAGUAAUAGUAUGUUUGUCGAUAAUUUCCUUCCUGUUGAGUUGUCAAAAUUCUCGUAUUCAUUGUUUUAAAUCAUUUCAGUACUCAUAUCCCUGUAUAUAGUGAGAGUAUCCUCUGUAAUAUUUUGGAAGGUUCGUGUUAGAAUAAUCACUGUUAGGUUGGAGAAAAAUAAACCAGGAACAGCAAGACAGAGACCAAUAUCGACUUGAUGUUAAUAAUUUACUCGUAGAUUCCAAAUAAUAUGUAGAAAUUUACGAUGUUGAUAAUAAAAAACCGAUAAGCCA